CCACGACUGAAGACGAGGGAACAGCAACAAGUGAACCAGCCCGAGGACUGAGAGCACCGACUGGAGAGGACCCAUCUGACUCGGAGAUUCCAGUGAUUCAGUCAGGAGAAAGUUUGGUUAAAAACGACAAGGAAUUUGUCUAUGGGAAUUCAAACACAACACACCAGUUGUGCUGUCUCUGUCUAGAUAUUUAAGGAGCAACAGAUUCAAACAACCAUCCUUCCUGCUCAGACUGUGGGGAGAGAUUCACUCGGUCAUCUGACCAACUGACACGUCCGUCAUUUUACACAGGGGAGAGACCGUUCACCUGCUCAGACACUGGGAAUGGAUUCACUUGGUAAUCUCAACUGAAGCUACACACUGGGCAAGGCCAUUCAACUAUUCUGUGAGUGGGAAGGGGUUCAGUCGGUCUUCCCGCCUGUGGACACACCAGUCAGUUCACCCUGGGCAGAGGCUGGUCAUCUGCUGAAUUUGUGGGGAAGGAUUCACUCGGUCAUCUGACCUAAUGGCUCACCAGCGAGUUCACACCGAGGAGCGGCCGUUCACUUGCUCAGAAUGUGGGAAGAGAUUCACUCAGUUAUCCAGCCUACAGAGACAUCAGCGAGUUCACACUGGGGAGAAGCCGUUCACCUGCUCAGAAUGUGGGAAGAGAUUCACUCGGUCAUCCCACCUACUUGAACACCUGCGAGUUCACACUGGGGAGAAGCCAUUCUCCUGCUCAGAAUGUGGGAAGGGAUUCACUCAGUUAUCCAACCUACAGAGACAUCAGCGAGUUCACACUGGGGAGAAGCCGUUCACCUGCUCAGAAUGUGGGGAAGGAUUCACUGAUUCAUCCAGCAGACAGAAACAUCAGCGAGUUCAUAGCAGGCAGCGGCUGUUCACCUGCUCAGACUGUGGGAAGGGAUUCACUUACUCAUCUAAUCUCAAGGUACAUCAGCGAGUUCACACUGGUGACAGGCUGUUCACCUGCUCAGUCUGUGGGAAGGGAUUCAUUCAGUCAUCCAAACUACUGAGUCAUCAGCGAGUUCACACUGGGGAGAAGCCGUUCACCUGCUCAGAAUGUGGGAAGAGAUUCACUCGGUCAUCCCACCUACUUGAACACCUGCGAGUUCACACUGGGGAGAAGCCAUUCUCCUGCUCAGUCUGUGGGAAGGGAUUCACUUGGUCAUCUGGUCUCGAAAAACACCAGCAGGUUCACACUGGGUAGAGGCCGUUCACCUGCUCAGACUUGACAAAACUGUUUGACCAGGAAACAGAAAUCUGGGAGCUUUGAGCUGGAACAGCAAGAGCAAUAACCUGGAGUCCUGAAAAAGGAAGGAAAUCAAGUUGAGAUAAAAAAACAUCAAAGCAUCACUAAAAAGUUGUACUUUCACCUGCAGAGGGAAUCAGACAUGGCUGAUCAAGCUAUUGGGAAAUCAGUUGAGCAACUCAAGCUAGAGAGAAUGACAGCAAAACGAUUGUUUUCUCGUCUGGCCAACAGUAUUACCAGGACCUAUGAAGACAUGUCUGAAGAGGAGCUCAGAGUGAGUUUCAAUAAACUCACAAUAGAAGCCGAGGAAGUCAUGAAAGCCAAUGAUGAUGCGGAGGCCGGACUCACCGCAGAACGGGAGGCGGUGCUGAACACAGAGAAAGUAGCUGUGUUAACUGAACAGCAAAAAGCUGACCUGGCAAAGACGGCAAAUGAGUGUGAGUUGAAACUAAAGGAAAUCAGAAGGCUGAUCCUGGAGACUCUUUGGACCAACUUUGGAAAUGUUGAGUUGCUCAUAGCACUACAAGCAGCAGAGGAUGAAUGUGAAGACGUCACUGCUGUACAACCUGAUGGCCACCAGGAGGCGGACGGCUUCAUGCUUAACCACCUGCAAGGACUGGUAAAGACAGCGAAGGAGGUGGGAACGAUGGAACCGGCCAGGGGAUCGGAAGCACCUUCAGAGUCGCCUAAAGGGGCUCAAACACCAAAUCCCCAAGCUAGUUUCCAAGAAGGCCCACUUCAUACAGGCAAGGAGAAAGGAGGACGCUGAAAGACUAACACCGACGGCAUUGGGCUUUUCCUCCAAUUUUCCCACGCCAGCCAUCAGACUGAAACCGACGGCCCUUCACAAGUUUACUGGCAGCAUUUUCACAGGUGGAGAAAGGACUGGGAAGCACUCCAGAGGCAGAGAGAGCCAACCGGUUCAAGAGAGGUGGAAAAGGUUCAACUGCUGGACAGUCUUGACGACAAAGUCAGAAGAGACCUUCGCCUCAAAACUUAUAAAACUGCAGAUGACAUCUUCUGUGUUCUAGAAAACCGCUAUGGAAAUGGAGUGUGGAAAUCGGAAGUGGGAUAGUAUUGGCGCAGCAUGCGAGCCAAAAUGCGGGGGUUGCGGCUGCGGAAACUGCCAGCCAGGCGGCAAAGGAAUGACUCUUGCUGAAGAGAGGGAACUUGUAUACAAAUUCAUAUACAAAAAAAAAUCAAAGCAAUAGUGAUAAGGGAGAAAGAAAGGCAUGAAUAUUGACUUCUGUAACUUCUGUUAAUGCCCCUCCUCCCCUUCUUACCUCAUCCCUGACAAGCUUAGUUGCCCAUCACUCCACUUGUUCUCCAUCUCCCUCUGGUGCUCCCCUCCACCUUUCUUUCUCCCUAGGCCUCCUGUCCCAUGAUCCUUUCCCUUCUCCAGCGCUGUAUCACUUUUGCCAAUCACCUGUCCAGCUUUCAGCUUCACUCCACCCCCUCCGGUCCUCUCCUAUCAUUUUGCAUUUCCCCCUCCCCCAACUGCUUUCAAAUCUCUUAGUAUCUUUCCUUUCUGUUAGUUCUGACGAAGGGUCUCGGCCAGAGCCGUUGACAGUGCUUCUCCCUAUAGAUGCUGCCUGGCCUGCUGUGUUCCACCAGCAUUGUGUGUGUGUUUGAAUUUCCAGCAUCUGCAGAUUUCCUCGUGUUUGCACAAUAUACGAAGGAUACUUCACAUUAUGGAUCAUAUAUACAAAAAAGUAAAAUCAAAGCAAUAGUGAUAAGCGUGGAUGCUGAAAAGGCAUUUGAUUCGGUUAAUUGGAAUUUUCUUUACAGAGUUUUACAUAGAGUUGGUUUCCAUAACAAUUAUUAAAACUAUACAGGCACGAUAUGACAACCCUACCGCUAGGAUUAAAAUCAAUGGAUAUUUAAUCAAAUAGUCUUACCCUAGAAAGGGGCACAAGACAGGGUUUUGCAUGGUCAGCACUACUCUUCGCAUUAUAUCUGGAACCAUUAGCUCAAUACAUCAGACAAAGUGGGGAAUUACUAGUAAAGGGGCAGAGCAUAAAUUGGCUUGUUACGUGGAUGACAUUUUGAUCUAUCUAGGGCAACCAACAUACUCUUUACCUGAAUUGAUGCAAUCCUUUGAACAAUAUGGUCAAUUAUCAGGAUACAGGAUCAACAUAGAUAAAACCCAAUUACUUUCAUAUUACUACAGCCCAGCAAGAGAAAUUGAAAGUAGAUAACCCCGGGCAUGGCACACAGAGUCUUUCAAAUAUUUGGGCAUCAUUAUGCCAAAAGAUUAGGCAACAUUAUCAGAAUGUAAUUAUCAGCCUUUAUAUAAAAAGAACAUUAAGGAAUAUAUAGCAAGAUGGAACCCGAUUCCUUUCUUUUAGUUUCAGUUCAAGGAGUGAGUCUAUUAUAAUGAAUACACUGCCCAGACUGUUAUAGCUCUUUCAGCCCCUACCAAUAGAGAUUAAUCAAAAUCAAUUCAAUGAAUGGAACAAGAUGUUAUCAAGGUAUAUUUGGCAAGGUAAAAGGCCUAGAGUUCAUCUCAAAACUUUGCAAUUAGCAAAGGAAAAGGGUGAAUGUGGCCUCUUCGAGGUUAUUAUUUUGCAGCACAGUUGAGAGCUGUGAUGUGCUGGAGCAACCCAUCGUAUGACGCACAAAGGAAAAACAUUGAGGAGCGGGUACUUCCCAUCCCCAUACAAGCAGUUUUGGCUGAUAAUAACUUGCAAAGGUACAUAAAUACUAUUGAUAAUCCAUGGGUGAAAUUGACUCUUAAUAUGGAAAACUAUUAUAAAAGAAUAUAAUCUCGAGGGAGAUACUGCAAUUCUUCAAUGGUGUGCAUAUAACUCAGAUUUUACACCAAAUAAAUUGGAUGCUAGAUUUAAGGACUGGACAGCUAAAGGAAUAACAGUUCUUUGCAACAUAAUGAAAGAAGGAAUACUGUGACAGUAUGUAAAUAGGAUGCUUAAAAUUGUAUCCAAGGCAAGCACAUGCAUGAUAGAGCUAUUUAGAAAAGCAUAUAAUUCAGAUAACGGUAGUAGAAUUAUUACAAGCAUGUAUAAGAGUUUGUCAAAUCUUAAAACAUAUUUGACUUCAAACAUUAAAACAAAAUGGGAGAAGGAAGGAGGGAUAAUUAUAUCUGAGGAAGAAUGGACAAUAAUAUGGAGGUAUCAAUGGAAGUGUACCAGUUCUCAGAAAUGGAGGGAGUUCGGAUGGAAAAACUUGAUAAGAUAUUUCAUUACACCCUCCCAGAAAUCCCAUUAUGAUAGUAACAUCACUGUUUGCUGGAGAAACUGUGGACAUUGAAAUGCAAAUCAUUAUUAUAUUUUUUGUGACUGCCCUGUUAUCAAAAGCUAUUGGAGGGGGAUACACAAUGCCCUACAUGGCAUCGUUAGAUAUGAAAUACCCUUGGGGAGUAAGACCAUAUAUUUUGGAUGUAUACCUCAAUGGUUGAAAAAAGAUAAAUAUUUAAUGAAUAUAUUGUUGGCAGCUGGUAAAAAGACUGUUACUAGGAAAUGGUUAUCACAGGAGAGCCCAACUUUAAAUGCAUGGAUGGAAAUUACAAUGGACAAGAUGGAGAAGAUAAUCAUAAUCUGGAACAAAUUGAUUCAUACUGGGAAAAAUGGUUUAACUACAUAAUCCCUCUAGGCCUGCUUUUAUUCUCACAAAUCAAUGAAUAUGUUAUAAAAAAAGAUCACUCCCUACUUGUACAUAGUUUUUUUUUCCUUUUGCUUGUUUUUUCUUUCACACUUAUAGAAGUGUAUAUACCUCAGAUAAAUUCUAUGUGGGGAUUUGUGGCAUAUAUGAUUAUAUGAUAUAUAUUUACAAUGUCUGAAAUACAUCUUCUGGAAAUUUUUGUUUUAUGAUGAACUUCAAUAAAAAAAACGAAAAAACAGUCAGAUAAUACUUUUAAGUAUAUAUUUUCAUCAAAAAUGAACAGGAUUCAGCACUCCAUGUGUGUAUUUGCAAUCGUGAUAAGAAAUACAGACCAGAACACGUACAUGAGAGGCCAACUCAGAACAAUCAAUCAUCACUCCGGAAGAAAACUUUAACCAGUGGAAUGAGUAUGACCCUCCAUGGGAGACAUCCCAAUGAUCUGAGUAGACUAGGUGGUGACAAGGAAGCCUUGAGCACCUGACUGAGAGUUGGAGACCUCUCCCCCUAAAAAACAAAGGAGUUCCUUGCAGAAAUACAGGACAAGUUGUUUGACAAAAGGGGGGAAACAUCAAAAAUACAUGAAAUAUUAACAAAUGAGGAAGUUAGUGCAGAAAAUGCCAGAGAAAUCAGACACAAUCCAACACAUUCCAGGAUCCUGCAGCAGAUUUACUCAAUCUGAUUACUUACAAAGUUACAAAGAAAUGGCAAAUAUCAUUCACUAAAAUCUUGCUUUAAAAUACAAACUCAUGAAUGCCCUUCAUCACUUCAUAAAGGUACAAUAAAUUCAAGCCCAAUACAGUUUUAGUGUCAAAAUCUUGCAAAUUAGAUGAUAAUCAAUACAUUAUUUCAGAUAGGACAAUCCAUAAGAACCAUCCAGAUAUAAUAUUACAGGAUAAACAAACAGGAACAACUCCCCCAACAGAUAAAACCAUUCCCAACACACACAUGUUCCUCAACCAGUGGAGCACCGCACCCCAGGUAUUGUUUGUGUCAUCAGUCAGACAACCAAAUUAUUUUCUCUGUCAAUCAGCUUCCAAAUGUUGCUACUCUGUCAUUCAUUGCCUCAUUCUGCUGCUGAUCCCCUUCUCAUCAUAUGUUCUUACGUCAAAUAUCAUCCAGACCCCCAAACUCUGCCCUGUGCAGACUCGCCUCUGGUUUCCGACCCUGCUUCAUUGAGCAUUCAACUAAUCGUUUCCCAUUCUGCUUUCAGUUUUUAGAGAACAGUGGUGUUCUCUAACAACACUUUAGAAGCAGGGAAAGUGACCCAUAAUGUGGAAAUGAGAUGUGAUUAAGGAGUUUAACUGAAGAACAUCUCAGACAGAACUGCAGUCAGCUCGACUUCUUCAGUCAGCAGAAAAUUCAAGGGAAACCUUUUCACCCACAGAGUGGUGACUGUUAGGAACCCAUCACCACAGGGAGAGUGAGAGGGGGAAAACCGGAGGAUUUACAAGGACUGUUGUGGACAGAAUCACUGGGUCCAGCUGGCCCGAGUUGACUCUCUACUGUACACUAGGUGUGUUGUAAAUUCACCAAGACAGAGUUUAACAUAGAACUGAUUUAUUUGUCUUAGACCCAGAAUAUUAAACUCCCGUCCCAUUAAAGGUGAAUGUGCAGCAGAAAAAACUCCUCCCAUGCCCAGUGACCAGGGUGCAGGACUGGGUGUGGUGAGCAGCAGCAAUAAUUGCAGAGUUCAGCACCGACAGUCAGUCUCGAACUUGCAUUCAGCAACAGUGAUGGACAAAUAUCCAGCAUGCAGCCUAUUGAAACUUUCUCCCCAGUGUGAAACUGGUAGUCUGUCACAAGUAUAACAAUGUUUAGGUUAUGACUAGAGGUGACAGUGCGAGGCUAUCCAAUGAGAGAAAUGUUCUUUCUUGUGAGUUUGGAAGAGAGAUUUUGUGCUCUUUUGCUGGGGAGAGAUGAGAAGACGUGAAUGGAGAGACUGGGCCCUUUUUCUUUUUUUUUUGUUUUCUUUACUAACCCUGGGGUCAAAGUAAGAAUUAUAAAGCUCAAUCAUUUAA